UGUCAAGGGCGUCCAAGUAAUCAAAAAUGUUGUUCGGCGUUGUGAUGGUAGGCUUUCGGGGACGUGUGGAUGAGUGUUGUGAAUGUUCUAGAUGUUCUUGGGUUGUAUUCUUGUAGAUGAUGAGGAUGAGUGGGAUUGGGAUUCUGGUCAGGAGGAUGAGGCGUGUUCUUGUAUUCAGUCAGCCAGCUGGUCUCGUACACAUGGGUUUCUUAAACCCCGACUGCUCCGCUGCUUAGGUUUAAGGCCGCGAAGCAUCCCUGGCGACGACUCAUCACGCUUCGCAGUGGUGCUGACCAGGAUGUGCGCCUGGCUCGGACGGAUAUUCCACCACAGCGCGAGCCCACACGGCCACACGACCACACCAUCCCGAACAGGGCAAUCUCGUCGUCCUGCUCGGGUUUGUGACGGUGUGAAAGUCCGCGGCGUGCUGAGCAAGCUGUGUGGAGUCGCGCUGCUGGCCCAAGGCCCCAAAGACCCUUACCUCCGAAAUGCGAGAGAUCAUGAUGACUCCCCACGGCGACUUAAUGCCUGCGAGUGCGAGAGUGCGACUGUGCGAGGCGGUCGCCUACUCAGGCAAUUCUGUGUUGGUUCCCCCGCCGGUUCGGAUUACUCUCCCUCCUUCCCACUCAACGGCUUUUAGGAUGACAAACUCCUUGAGUCGAGCCCGUUUGAUACGUUCCAUCGCACGUGUGACAAAGCAAUCGACAUGACACCAUCCAGAUUAACAACACAGACUUUUCUCAUUCGUUCGAAUGUUCCAAUCCGGCCUGCCAAACACCUUUCGCCGUUGAAAGGGGGAAUCGUCAUUAUUCAU